AUGCGCUAUCUUCUUUUUUUUGCUCUGGCUGUCUCGUGGGUAUGCUCGGUCAUCGGGCUACCUACUGACAACGGCAAUCCGCCGCCUCAGUUGCAGGAACGGGGACUCCCAUAUUGCCUUUUCCCCUCCCGCCGCCCGGCCUCCACAUCGUUCACUAGAUCUUUUACAAGCGAUCCCAUCAGCAGACGUCGCGGGCAUUUUGGUCCCAAUGCCUACGAGAGCGCUGGUAAUUCGCGGCUCAACUACCGCAUUUGGGAGGACCCUGUUGGCCUCACUGGUUUAUAUACCGUCAUUGACGUCGCUGCGCCAGACGGGCAUCCAGCCCUCGCCAACUACGAAAUCGAGGUCCGUCGGAUUCCAAUUGCGACACCUAACGCGGCUGGAGAGUGCUUUCAGACCAUGACCCUCCGAUCCGGUCAGAGAGGCGCAGCCACCGUCCGGUGGAGGCUGGACGCGAGCUACACGUACUAUCUGACCAUCUCGGAGGUUUGA